UCCAACUAUUCAAUUACACUGCUAGAAUCCCGCAUAUGUCCAUAACAGCAGCUCUGUAAGUCGAACAAUCUCUCUGACUCUCCCUCUAUAUCUCUCUCUAUAUAUUAUAUCUUUCGGACUAGAGCAUACAUUUAUUACAAGUCAUCUCAUUUUUCUCACUUUCACGGAGAAAUCAAAGAAGAAACAGGGUGAUCAGAACACAUGAUGUUAUGUGUAACUAAAUUACUGUCUUUUUUCAUUCUACCGAUCUUACUCCUCAUAUCUUCAACCUUCUUCUCAUUCUCAUAUGGAGCUUCUCACUUUCAUCACCCUCAAACCCUACACAUUCCGGGGAUGUUCGAUCAUGAUGAGGGUGACUACGGUGCCGUUUCAUGGGGAGUGAGGAGGUCUGUUCUCGAGGCGAACAAUGGUAUGCCUGUAAAUAAUUCAUCUAUGAUUUUGGCUGCUGAAAAAACCCACAGGAGAGACCCACUUGACAAUUUCAAUUACUACGAGGGCGGGUGGAAUAUUAGCGAAGAACAUUACAUCUCUUCUGUGGCGUUUACUGCUGCACCUUUGUUCCUUAUUGCCGCGAUCUGGCUUCUGGCAUUUGGCCUGUGCUUGCUCACCCUCUGUUUCUGUUAUUGCUGCUGCCGAAGACGGCGUUAUGGCUAUUCUCAAACUGCUUAUGCAGUCUCUCUUAUUCUUCUUUCUUUCUUCACCAUUGCUGCCAUUGUUGGAUGCAUUGUUCUGUACACUGGACAGGGAAAGUUUCACAGUAGUACAAAGGAUACAUUGGACUAUGUUGUGAGGCAGUCAGAGACCACUGUCCAGGAUCUUAGGAAUGUAUCAGAUUAUCUUGCUGCAGCUAAGAAGAUUGGAGUAGAUCAAAUUUUUCUACCUCCAGAUGUCCAGGACAAAAUUGACAAUGUUGAUGCGAUGAUUAAUGCUUCUGCUAGCACUCUUGAGCACGAGACGAAGAAGAACUCAAAGGAUAUACGAGACGUUUUGGAGUCCGUGAUGCUGGCACUUAUCAUAAUUGCUGCUGUGAUGCUUCUCAUAGCUUUGCUUGGUUUCUUAUUCUCUGUUCUUGGGAUUCAGUUUCUUGUGUACGUUUUGGUGAUCAUAGGAUGGAUUCUUGUGGCGGGCACAUUUAUCUUGUGUGGCGUAUUUCUACUUCUCCAUAAUGUGGUAGGAGACACUUGUGUUGCAAUGGAUCAAUGGGUUCAAAAUCCCAUGGCUCAUACAGCUUUAGAUGACAUUCUCCCCUGUGUGGACAAUGCAACUGCCCAAGAAACCCUGUCAGAGAGCAAAGAUGUCACUUUCCAAUUAAUUGGAGUGGUUAACCGAAUCAUCACCAACGUGUCCAACGGAAAUUUUCCACCUAGUGUUACACCUCUCUAUUACAAUCAAUCCGGUCCACUGGUACCUGUUCUCUGUAAUCCAUUCAGUCCUGACAAAACAGACCGAAUUUGUGCAGCUGGUGAAGUGGAUUUCAGCAAUGCAACACAGGUUUGGAAGAAUUAUGUGUGCCAAGUUUCAGCUAGUAACAUUUGCACCACCGUAGGCCGUUUGACCCCCAACAUGUAUAACCAAAUGACAGCUGCAGUCAAUGUGAGCUAUGGUUUGUAUCGUUAUGGCCCAUUCCUCGUUGAUCUACUAGAUUGCACUUUUGUUCGGGAAACAUUCACCAGUGUAAGUGAGCAUCACUGUCCUGGUUUGAGGCAAUAUGGCAGCUGGAUCUACAUUGGGUUGGCUUUGGUCUCAUCUGCAGUAAUGCUUUCUUUGAUCUUCUGGGUACUCUAUGCAAGAGAGAGGCGGCACCGGAAAUAUACCAAACUCGCCAAGACAGCAUUUUCUCAGGACUCAUUUGAGGAGAAAGGACCAUAGGAACAGGAAGUUUUGAGGUUGUAUGUUUUCUCCUAAAGUAAGCUCAUUUUGUUGUUUGGCUGAGUUUCUUCCAAAUUUGUACAGAUAAUUGAGCACAAUAUCAAGGCCUAUUCACAAUGGGGGAAAUUAUUUUUUCUAGCUUCCUAAUUUCUGAUGUGGUAUGUGUUAGGACAUAUCCACUUUUUGGAUGGCGAGACAUAUCAACCCUUAACACAUGUACUCAACUUUUUUUUUUUUUGGUUUUUUGGAGUAACCGGGCAGUUGUUAGCGGUAUCAGUCUCUUGACUCUCUUAUUCCCAAAAGGAGGUCAGGAGUUCAAGUCUCAGAAGAGACAAAUAUGUGUAAGUACCAACUAAGAAAAAAUAAAAUAAAAUAAAAAACUAAUACAAUAUUGGUUACAUAGAAUUGAUGUUUUGAAAUUAAAAUAUGAAAUAAAUUAAGAAAAAUACAAUUUUAUGCAACUGAACCAAAGUAAAACCUAUAUCAAUUUAUCAAAUCAAGUCUGUCUCAAG